AAGAAGGAAAGAAAGAAAAGCGUGAAAUGUAAAGCCCUGGUUGGUUUAUAUGUCCAGAAUCCAGAUCUACGGACGGACUACUAGUACGAUUUACGAGUGCCGCUUCCAACUUCAAUCCUGAGCAUCGCUGCAAAACUUUGCCCACACAGCGCUGAUAGAAGAAUUUCGGUUCAAUCCUCUGGGGAGCUCAAUCGAACCAUGUGGAGUUCGAUCGCCAAUUUGAAAGAAAACCUCCACAAAAUCGCGCUCGAUGUUCACGACGACGAAGAGCUCCAGAUCUACAAUUCGCCUGCCCGAGAAAGUCCUCCCUUCUCCGAUCGUCGAUUCGCUCACACUCUCGCGCAUUCCAGUCCCGCCUCGCGCUCUCCACGUGCCAAUGGAUUCGAUUCGCCCUACGACUCUGAGAUUGAACAAUACAGAUCAGAAAUCAAGAGGCUUCAGGAAUCUGAGGCUGAAAUUAAGGCAAUAUCAGUUAAUUAUGCAGCUUUAUUGAAGGAGAAAGAGGACUGGAUUUCAAGAUUGGAUGCAGAAAACAGAUCGUUGAAACAAAAUCUAGAUGCUACAAAUGCUGCUCUAAAUGCAUCCAGAAAUGAGAGUUUCAAGACAUCAGCAAAUAACCUGAAUGGGCUCAAGGGAACUAAUGAUCAGUCACCCAGUCGGCAGCAUAAAGCUAUUGUAAAGAACCGGUCUGUUGGCAACCAAGCAAACAAUGGUGCUGUCUCUAAACAAGAUGGAUUAAGCAAUGGAGUUGGACAAUCCAUGCAACCUGAUUUCAUCCAUAAUAAAACAGAAGUAAAAAGAUAUGGUCAAGAUAGGGAGAAGGAGCUUGCGGAUCUGUUAGAGGAGAAAAACAGGUCUCUGGUUGCAAUUCAAGCAGCUAGUGAAUCACAAAUACAAAAGUUAGGUUUUGAACUUCAGAAAGAACAGGACAAAUUAGCAGAUGUACAGCUACGAUUACAAGAGGAACAGAAGUUGAAUGGAUCCAUUCAGGAUGAGUUGAACUCUUUAAAAAUGGACAAGGACAAAACUGUGACGGAGAUGAACAAAGUUAAUGCUGAAUUGAGUGAGAAAAUAACAGAAGUGGGACGGCUACAAAUGGAAUUGAAUAGAAGGGAGAAUGAAAAAACAGAUGAGAUUGCUGAGAAUUUGAAACGAGUAAUUGCGGCACUGGAAAAGGAAAACAAUAAUCUUAAGAUGGAGAAGGUUCAACUUGAAGCUGCUUUGCAAGCAGCCAGCAAUUCUUCAGUCCACAAAAUCCCUCAUGGUGCUCAAGAAAAUUCAAAUAAGCAGUCAGCCAGUUUGAAUGAGAACAUGCAACCUUUUGGAAGAUUUCCUGGAAAACAAGAGAUGGAACUAAAUCUGCAAAAGGUUGAGAAGGAUUUGGAUGAGACACGCCAACAAAGGGACAAAGCAUUGCAGGAACUAAACCGUCUGAAGAAGCAUUUACUAGAUAAGGAAUUGGAGGAAUCAGAGAAGAUGGAUGAGGACAGCAAGAUCAUUGAAGAUCUAAGAGAAAAGAAUGAGUACCAGAGACUCCAAAUACUACAUUUGGAGAAAGCUUUGAAACAGGCAAUUGCAAGUCAAGAAGAAGCUCAGAUGGCCAAUAAGAAUGAACUUCAAAAGUGCAAUGAAAUAAUUGAUGACCUUAAUAGGAAACUCAAAAGCUAUACAAGUACAAUAGAUGCCAAAAAUAUUGAACUUCUAAAUCUUCAAACUGCUUUAGGCCAGUAUUAUGCUGAAAUUGAAGCAAAGGAGCAAUUGGAAGGUGAUCUUGCACAUGCCAGAGAAGAAUCGGCUAAACUUUCUGAGCUGUUGAAGGAUGCACAUCAACAGGCAGACAUAUAUCGGAGGGAGAAAGAAGAUAUUUUAGAAAAGCUUUCUCGAGCUGAAACGAUAAUAGCAGAUGGAAGAAACAGAAUACAUAAGCUUGAGGAAGACAAUGCAAAAAUACUCCGUGCCCUUGAGCAGAGCAUGUCCAGAAUUAAUAGAAUGUCAAUGGACUCAGACUAUUAUGUUGACAGGCGAAUAGUGAUCAAGUUGUUGGUGACCUACUUCCAGAGAAACCACAGCAAAGAGGUGCUGGAUCUUAUGGUUCGUAUGCUGGGAUUCUCUGAUGAAGAUAAGCAGAAGAUAGGUGUUGCUCAGCAAGGUGCAGGUAAAGGUGUUCGCCGUGUUUUGGGCCUACCUGGCCGGCUAGUUGGUGGCAUCUUAGGUGGUACUUCUACUGAAGCUAAUGCAAAUAUGGCAUCUGAAAACCAGUCCUUUGCAGAUCUUUGGGUUGAUUUCCUUCUCGAGGAAACUGAAGAAAGACAGAGGAGGGAAUCUGCAGAAGCCAUCAAUGCAUUGAAGGGGAAUCAACAAAAACAGAGCCCGACUAAUACGGGGUCUGCUUUGCAAAAAUCUGAUCACAGAACAAAUACUGCUAGUGGCACUUCUCCUUUCUCAAGUUUAAGCCCAUCUCUGAACCAAAACAGCGCCCUAUCUUCCUAUCAAAACAUCCUGCCAUCUGAGCACUCGGAUUCUGAGUUCUCAACAGUUCCUCUAAAUUCGGCUGAGCGCACGUCUCAGAUAUCGUCAAGGCUGCUUCCGAGAUAUUGAAGCUAUGUUAAAUUUUGUUACAAGGUACAAAUUUUCUGUGGCUUUUUAGUAGGUGCAAAUUUGUUUGGCCAAUUCUUUAAUCCGUUUAUUGAAAUGGGGGGUUGCAUGUAAUUGUUUCUUCGAUAGUCACCCUCAAUAAAUCGUCAAAAUAGAGAUGGUAAUUGUUGUACUGCUCAGCUUGUGAAGAAAAACGUCAGGUGGUUUGUACAUGGGAAUAUCUAAUUCUGGACAUUAACUGGGGUUGAGGGAUGCUCAAGAAAGGAUCAAUUUAUGAGACUCUGUGUAUCAUAGAAUACGCUAUCUUCGACGUUUAUUGUUUGUCAAAUGUACAUAGUGAACCCCUGUAAAGGUGUCUUAUCUUUGUUGACGGGGUUUGCAUUAUAUUUUGUAUGAGCAAUGUGUAAUGGCCUCAGAGCUAGCAUAUGGGUGAACAA